ACGCGAACAACUGUUUGGUGUUCCGCGACCCACAACUUCUAAUGUGGCCGAAGAAAUGUUUGACUCAUUGCCCACGAGAUUGGGAUUAAGUAACAGAAACUUUGGUACAACUGAAGCAACCGGAAGCUCACCAAUGGAUUCAAUUAAUAACGAAGUCCGAGAAACACCUCAAUCGAGUGCAGCAUUCGAUUCCAUUCCACUGAAUAUGUCAUCGACUCCUUCUGUUAGUCCGCGACCACAAUCAGUGAUCGCCGAAACACAGAGAGGCCCUAUAAUUGUGCCCGUAAUGAGUGCGUCCACUAAACCAAGUGUUAUAGUAUUGGCCGGUUCUAUAAAGCACUCCCAAAAUACAAACACCAGUUCUGGUUCUCAACCGCUAAGCGCUCAGCCGAGCGGUUCAUCAGUGGUUCGGGAGAGCGCCGAAAGAGCGCAUCAAUUGCCAAACAGAGGACUACAACUGAAUGGAAAUAUGGCUCAACACGACAACCUCUUGGGCCGAUGGAGACUCACAUUAGAGCUGUUUGGACGAGUGUUUGUGGACGACGUGGGCGCAGAACCCGGUUCUAUAAUCGGAGAUUUGGGUGGAUUUCCAGUCAAAGAAUCAAAGUUCAGACGGGAAAUGGAAAGACUCCGCAAUUCACAGCAACGAGACAUUAAUUUCUCGAAACUAGACAGAGAUCGCAGUGCUUUGAUUCAGCAAACGUUCAAAGAGUUGAACACAAUGUAUAACAAUUUCAGUCGCCGUAUGUCUGUCGGGACACCACUUCUCACUGUCUCUCGAGUCAAAGUAACCUUUAAGGACGAACCGGGAGAGGGCAGUGGUGUGGCCCGUAGUUUCUAUUCGGCAUUUUGUGAGGCCAUACUAUCAAAUGAAAAACUCCCGAGUCUUGAGUCGUGUCACGCGUCCAACCGUUCUCUUCAGUAUAAUUUGAUCCAACGAUUGAAGAGCAGAGAGAGGGAGAGAGAACAGGCGCGUAGAGCUUAUCAGGCGAGUCGGUCGUCACGCGAUCACACCUCUGGCACCAAUUCACGCGACAGAGCUGACAGAGAAGUGUUCACUCAUCUCCGUUACGAAGCGCCGCCUUUUGUGAUGCCCGGAGACCAAACCGCCCAACAGUCACAACAGGGCGUUAAUAAUUCAGUUAAUUUGAAUGAGUUGUUGAGUCCUCACAGACAACAGUUAGGGAUGAGACUCUAUCCCAGAGUUCAUCAAUUGAGGCCAUCGCUGGCCAGUAAGAUAACCGGCAUGUUAUUAGAGUUGACUCCCGCACAGCUCUUGACAUUGUUUGCGUCCGAAGACACACUUAGGGCUAAAGUGGACGAAGCGAUAACCGGCAUGUUAUUAGAGUUGACUCCCGCACAGCUCUUGACAUUGUUUGCGUCCGAAGACACACUUAGGGCUAAAGUGGACGAAGCGGUCGAUAUUAUACUAUCGCACGGAAGGGACACGACGUCUGACAAUCUCUUUGAGUUAGAUAUGUUUAAUUUGACCCGAAAUUCACAACCGGUGGCCAAUACGGGCGCCAAAACGACCACCAGUUGUAGCAGUUCUGCGCGACCUCUGGACGUGGAUAUGGAGGAGGAGGACGAGGAGGACAACGCGCCGCUCUUCUAUCAACCGGGAAAGAGAGGCUUCUAUUCUCCCCGACAGGCGAAGUGUUCGGCAGAAAGGAUUAACGCCUUCCGAAAUGUGGGCCGAAUUAUGGGUUUAUGUUUACUGCAGAACGAGUUGUGUCCACUCAAUCUGAAUCGACACGUCUAUAAACACAUUCUUCGGCGAACCAUUUCAUGGCAUGAUUUGGCGUUUUUCGAUCCCGUGCUCUACGAGUCGUUGCGGCAACUCAUUGUCGACACCGAAUCCGGCAAUGACUCCAUGUUUGCUGAUCUCGACCUCAGGUUUUCGGUUGAUCUGUGCGCCGAAGAGGGCGGCGGAACCUUUGAACUCAUCCCCAAUGGGCGCAACAUUGAAGUUACCACUCAAACCAUUUAUGAUUACGUCAGACGUUAUGCUCAGUACAGAAUGAUUCGCUCUCAAGAACGAGCCCUUCAAGCCUUACGACAGGGAGUGUAUGACGUGUUGCCCACCAAUGCAUUGGAAGGACUCACUGCUGAAGAUUUUCGUCUACUUUUGAACGGAAUAUCUGACAUAAAUAUCCAAUUAUUAAUAAGUUAUGUCACUUUCAAUGAUGAAAGCGGUGAUGGAAGCGAACACUUGUCUUAUUUCAAGCGAUGGUUUUGGUCUGUAGUCGAAAAGAUGACAAAUCAUGAGAAACAAGAUUUGAUAUACUUUUGGACCGGAAGUCCCUCAUUGCCGGCCAGUGAAGAAGGUUUCCAACCGAUGCCCAGUAUAACAAUCCGACCGCGCGAUGACUUGCAUUUGGCCACAGCUAACACUUGUAUAUCCCGUCUAUAUAUUCCUCUUUAUUCAUCGAAAGCCAUAUUAAGACAAAAGCUUUUGAUGGCAAUCAAAACCAAGAAUUUUGGAUUCGUUUGAAUGUGAUGUCAAGUCAAGAGCUAAUCUUAUGAAUCGAUUGAAAACAUUGAUUACGAAUGUAUUUGUGAUUUAAAUUUAUAAUUAUGUUUCGCUAUAUUUAAUGAAAUAAUUAUUCUUUCAUUAGUUUUUAAUAAAUAAUUUGUUUUUGAAAUGAAGUAA